CGUUGACGAUCUCGAAAAUUUGCUGUACUUAUUUUCUUCGUUUCUGGCUGGGGAUUGCACAGAAUACAUAGGUCUUCCUGAAUCUAAGGUCCUUGGCGAACUUGAUACCUUGAUCCGAGUUCCGUUAUAUAACAAUCCUAAAGAUGGGAUUCCGACAAGGCGCCGUCCUUGCAUCGUGCUCUUUUUUUCUUGGAGUCCUCUUCAUAUGCUUCUUUGUUGAUUACCGAAUUCUGCAUCAGGAAUUGACAGAGGAGAUCAUUGAAGACGGCUUCCAAUUCUAUGCCACUUUCUUCAAUGCACCGCCCGCAAUUAAGGCGGUGCUACAUGGCUUCAUGGGGGUUGGUAUUUUAGGACUUGUUUCAAAACUGCAUAAAUACGAUGAGAGUGCCAUCUUCUUCGAUGGAUCAAGUCUGGUGGCUUACAUUUUUGCAGUAGCUGUCUACCUUUCAGUGACAGUUCCAUCUUUGCGAACCGUCGUCACCCCCGUAGAUGUCGAUACACGUGCGGACCGUAUCGAGGCCAUGCGAAUACUCGCAGCAGGCAACACCAUUAUAAUGGUAGUCCUUGGUGCCAUUCUAGUGCUUCAGGGCGGACAGGAAUACGCACGUCGUGCAGAGGCGAGAGAGCUGGCGAAGAUCGAGGAGGAGCUUAAGGCCAAAGGGAGUCCUAGUGCUGGGAAAGACAAGAAGGAGUAGACUGGCAUACGGUCAGACGUUACUCAGUCAAGGGCGUUCCCUGACUGUGGACACUUGUGUUAUUGUCGAUCUAAGUUCCGCAUCUCGGUUUUAAGCUUGGUAUCGGGACAUCUAGGAACGUUUGGAUGGUAUAAUGAAUCAUUAACGUUAUAACGCCAAGUACUACUAGUACUUGUUGAAGUUUUCAUUAGUUUGUGGUUUGUGUGUACUAAUUAAAUUAGUGAUGUCCACUAAUAAGUACCCUGAGCGGACCGUGA